AUGAGUGAAAACUAUAGGAAGGAUUCGUUUGAUAGGUUUGGCGACGAUUUGUGCCAAUUAUUGCUGUCUUAUCAGACAUUUAAGGACCGAUUCCGUCACGAAUGCGUUUCCACUCAAUUCCGACGACUUGUUUAUCGCUCACUACAAGUGGUGACCAUCGAUGACAGGCUUGUGAAUCAGAUGAAGAAAACGAGUCUUUCUGGCAGAAAGGUCUUAGACUCCGCUAUUAUGGCAUCAGUACUGAAGAAGUUGCGGCACAUCCAGUGUCUCGACAUAUCAGACAUCAGCAGAACUCACAAACAAUCGUACGCUUCAUUGGCUGAACUACAAGAGCUCUGCCAACAGAUCCGUACAAUUCACUGCAACUUUGACAUCAGAUUUGAGAAACCAUUUGUCGAGGCGUUUGGCCCAAAGAUCACAGGAAUCGCAUGGAAGUCCUCAGUGAACGGGUCUUAUCUCAACCUCUGCCACAACUUGUCUGAAGUGAACAUUCCGUCCAUCGCACUGGAGGAGUCGUGUGUCCUGAAGCCGGAGACCGGGGACUGUAAGGCACUGAUGCAGCGCUGGUAUUACGAUAUCGCGCGUAAAGAUUGCGAGCAUUUUAUUUACGGCGGUUGUGGCGGCAAUCAUAACAACUUUAAGUCAAAGUCUCAAUGCCGUCAAUCAUGUAGGGCUAUGCCUAUAAGACCGAGUAAUUUAAAUGCAAAUGUCAACCAAUUAAAGGGCACUGAAAACUGUGAAUUAGCGGCCGAUUCCGGUGAAUGUGAUGCACACUAUGAGCUCUGGUUUUACGAUUCCUAUGAAAGCGAUUGCAAAACAUUUGUAUAUAACGGAUGUGCCGGAAAUGCAAAUAAGUUUAUGACGAGAGAGUUGUGCGAAAACAAGGGUCCCAUAACAAAAACCGACUGUUCUCUACCACCAGCAGAAGGUCUUUGCAGAGCACUGAUCCCUAAAUGGCAUUACAGUCCAUCUGAUAAGACGUGUAAAUCGUUUAAUUACGGAGGAUGUGGUGGUAAUCGCAAUAAGUUUGAGAUUAUAGAGGAAUGUCUUGAUGCGUGCAGCAUUAACUGA